AUGAAAAAGAAAUCUUCAUCAGCGUCUUUUUUAAAAAAAACAUAUGAUAUGCUUGAACAAGGAGAGUCAGACGAUUUAGUCUCAUGGACUGAAGAUGGUUCGAUUUUUGUAAUCAAAAAUGUAAAUGAAUUUAGUGAAAAAGUCCUGCCAAAAUAUUUCAAGCACAACAAUUUAGCAAGCUUCGUACGGCAACUAAACAUGUACGAUUUUCACAAGUGCAGAGUUUCUGGAAUCGACCACGCCUUUAAGCAUCCUCUCUUUCUACGAGGAAGGCUUGAUCUCCUCGAAGAAAUUCGUCGGAAAAAUUCAGAAGUAAAUCUGCCUGUAGAACAAAGAUCAACGACUAGCAAAGCUGAAAUAUCGCCUUUGCUGCAAAAAUUAUACCAGCUUCAUAGAAGAUCUCAAGCCUCUGACACUGAAAUUCAGAAACUUGAAGAAAAAGUGGCUGAGCUGAAUGAGCAGAACCGGACAUUAGCUUCACAGUUUUGAGAAACAAAGGAAAAAAUGAGAGGAAUCGAACAGGUUCUGCUCAUGAUGGCAACCUAUAUUCAAACCAGUGGCCAGGAUUUGACAAGUCAACUGUUUGCAAGAGAAAAUAAUUUACCGAUCACUCAUAUACCUGAUACCCCUAAAAAAAGAACAAAAUGUGGUGAAGUGAUGGAUAACGUUUACUCGCACAGUAGAGAUGAAGGGAGAAAUAGCAAAACCAGUUCAAAUGAUGGGAGAAAAGAUGAUUUCGAAGUAGACGAUUUUUUUAGUUACCAGGAUUUGGAAGAUUGUGGAGGGGAAAAUCUGGAUUUUUUAUUGGAUAAUAAAUCGUAA